AGAGGCAGAGGACUGGCACUAAUACUUCCCCGUUGGCGGGAAUCUCAACAGAAAGUGCUGUGCUAAAGGUGUGAGGUUCAGGGAACACCCCUAUCAAGGCAAAAGACGUAGUAUGGAAGGUUUGGUUAGUCUUCUGACUAGAAGAAGAGAAAGGACUAUUACCUCCUAUUUUAUUUUUCUUUCAGUCUCUCUCGUCAUGUAAAUCUGAGGAUGACCAAAGCCUGUUGCCCCAAGCAUUGCUGAACCCAUCAAAAUGGUUGCUCAGAGAUAACCCCAUUGGGUGACCCUAAGAUGUGGAGCUGGGAGGCGUCCAUUUCCUUCGCUUAUGAUGAAAGCACCGAGGCGAUGCGGGCACUCGCUGAGGUCACAACCACUGCUGGGGUGGGAGCGUUUGUGCCACAGCUGGUGAGCAGAGCUGGUGCUCUGGUGAGCGUGCUGCACGCAGAGACUGAGCUCUGGGCCUUCUGUGGAACAGAUCACCCUGUGAGAGCCCGACGGAAGCAUCGCGUGUGCACUCGUCGGUACUUUCUGCAGGAUUCCUGUCCCAAAGGAGAUUCCGGGAUCGAGGCGGUCUUAGGAAGAGGGAAGCCAGCUCUUUCCAAGGGCUGGGGAAGUUCCUGCAGAGAGAGCCUCUGGAACUUCAGCUUCCUCUGAGCCUUCAGCAGCCAUGUCUCAGCAAGGAGACGACCGCGGUUCCAAUUGCUGCCGUGUGAGUGGCAAGAAGUGGCGCGGUGCGGUUCCCCGCGGUUGGGAGCAGCAGCCAGCAGGCUGCCAGAGAUCCAACCGCGCCUUGCAGCGCACAGAGGGACGCAACAGGGACGGACGGUCCUUCCUGCCAUACAGAAGGAUGGAUCCUGCGCGUCCAUGGAGUGGUGCUGGGCAAGGGGGAAACGGAAAGCCUCCGCAGAGAGAGGUGCCGAGCCCAACGGAAAGAUCUACGCAAAAGCAGUGCAGGAAGUCCUUCUGGAGAGAGCUCAUCUCCAGGCUGGAGGGCUUCCUACAACAGCAGGUCCCAGCACAGGGGGAAGACCUUCCCCUGCCGUGUGCCCCCGCUCUGUCUCCAAGUCCUUGGCUGGAUGUAAACGCAAAGGCUUGGAAGAAGCGAAGCCAACAGCAGCGCAGCUGCCUGCUAACAAAAGAGUGAGGGGGCCGAGCGGAGACAGCGUGCCAGCUCCAGCAGCACACCCUGGGCCUGCUGCAGCGCGGAGCUCCAAGCUAAGAGCGAGAAGACGCCAAGAGAAAGAGAGGAGAGGGGAAUCGAUGAAGGCUGCCCUCAGAGCUGCCGCUGCACGUGCAGAGGCCUCCGCAGUGAACAGCCUUGUGGAGAUGAUGCAGAAGCUGCAGCUGAAGGACUGAGAGGAGGAGCGUCAGCAGGCAGCGGCUGCAGUGCGCGGCGUUACAGGGCAGCGCUGCGAGUGCCGCCCAACUCGGCCCUCCAACUUCAGAUGGAGUCAAUAAAAACCAGUCACAAUGAGAGAUUCACACAGAGCGCACGGCCUCAUUUGUCCAGCGGCACUCGGAGAGCUGCUGCACCACCUCCUCGUUAUUGGUCUCGCGGCGCUCGCUCAGAACUCCCACAGCUCCGUCAGCGAAUGCUGCCAUCCAGUGAUGCAGCGGAGGCAGCAGUCCUUUGCA